UGGAUGAAAGAUCAUGGAGGUGUAAUUAUAAACAUCAUUGCAGACAUGUGGAAGGGCUUCCUAGGAUGGCCCACACAGGACAAUUUAAAUGUGGGAACUAUCAUCUCCAAAACAGCAAUGGAAAACUACAAAGAUAUUGGCCCGACCAUGUUUAAGAUGUCAGUGCCAUUCAGUCCGGCUAAGAGACUCGGUGUUCCUGAGGAGGUAUCGCCAGCUGUAUGUUUCUUGCUGUCUCCGGCUGCCAGCUACAUUACUGGAGCAACCCUGAAGGUUGAUGCAGGACAGAGCCUCUACCACUCUGUGUGGGAAAUACCAGAUCACACUGCCUGGCCUCCAGCCCCAGAGGGAGAAUAUACAGACAUAUUGAGAGAAAUCAUGGACAUGACCAAAUCCAAGCUGUGAAUCAUAACAAAACAAGUCUAGACUGUCAAACAGCUGCUCUUCCUCACAGUGUGGGUGGACCACAAAUGUUUUUUUUUGCUCAGAAUUGCAAUA